UCUCUCUUCAUCACCUCCUCCUAUCCUUUCCUUUUUAUUGCCUCCAACCAGCUCUUCUCUUCUCCCUUCUCCUCCCUCCUCCGCCAGCAUUCUCCCUUGGCCGAUCUCCGUCCUCCCUCCUCCAAGAUCCGACAAGCAGGUGGGAUGCGAUCAUCGAGGCGACGACCACCUUGGACCCAUCUUCAACGAUGGGCACAGCGUUGGCAUUGCAGUUGGGCCUUCUAGCAGUGUGCACCGUCCUACCUCAAGAUCAUAACAAUGGCAUCUAGGUUGUUCUGGGCUUCGAGGGCCGCCUCCUACCUCAAGAUCUCCACCUGCCCUAGAGUCUUCUCCAUAGUUGAUGCCAUGACAGCAAUCAAGGAGCAGUAUCGGAUCCAGAGGAAUUGGAUGGGAGAUCCAUGCUCCCCUAGUGUUUUUGUUUGGGAUGGACUAACUUGUGAUUAUAGCUUGUCAAAUUCUCCAAGAGUCACUGCUUUGAGUCUGUCAUCAAGUGGGCUGACGGGGGAAAUAACCAAAUCUUUUGCUAGUCUUAGUGCACUUCAAAACUUGGACUUGUCUUAUAACAAUUUAACAAGGCCAAUACCUGAUGAUCUAGCAAACUUAAGUUCUCUCAAACUACUAUAAGCAUAAUUCUUAAAACCUCUUUCACUAUAUGGAAAAGGUAGAAAAUGUCUUAACAUUUCAUGAUUGUUUGCAGUGAUUUGACAGGCAACCGGUUAAAUGGAUCAAUUCCUUCAAACCUCCUUGAAAUGGCACAAAAUGGAUUGCUUACCUUAAGGUGGAUACAGGACAGUCGAGAUCAGUAUACUAAGGAGCGUUUGGAUUCAGUAAUUGAUGAGAAAUUGCUCAUAUUCUAAAUGUUUCAUUUUAGCUUUCUUUCUGCAAAUACUGUAUGCAUUUUAGAAUGGAGAAAUUGCAGGCUUUCUCUGCAUAUUGGAAACUGCACAGUUUGAAGAAUGCAGUUUAGAAAUUGCAUGCAUUUUAGAAUGCAUAUUAGAAAUUGCAUGCAUUUUAGAAUGUAGUUUGAAGAAACGUUGCUUUUCUACAAGUCAAGUUUUCGUUCUACAAGCUUUAUUUCUGCAGUUUGAAGAAACGUUGCAUUUCUACAACAACAGUGCUUUUUGCAAGAAAACGUUUGCAGAGAAGAAAGUAUUUAAUUUCUGCAAGCUUUCUUUCUGCAGUUUGAAGAAACGUUGCAUUAUUUCUGCAAGCUUUCUUUCUUUCUUUCUGCAAGCAUUUCAUUUCUGAGUAAUGAGUUUUGGUUUAUUUAUAGAAAAUAGCUAGUAGAAGUAAUUUUUUGGUUCAAACUAUUGACUGUAAUUUUUUGUUUAUAUUUCAGGUCAAUUGUUCAAUUUGUUCAAAGCUCACAAAGAUCCUAGACAUGUUUAUUCCUGUAAUAGAUUGAGAAAGACAAGCUACUUCUUCAGUAUUGUGGUAGUAAUUACUGUACUGUUUUGAGUAAACAGAUUGUUGGCUACUUCUUCAGUAUUCAGUAGCUACUUCUUCAGUAUUCAGUAGCUACUUCUUCAGUAUUAAGUAGAAGUAAUUAAACAAAUUAUUGGAUAAAUAGAUUGUAGCUGUUCAAAACAGAUUUUUUGUGCUUUUUUGUUUUAUAUGUGAAUAUCACUAUCUACU